UAUAUGAGCAAAAAGGCAGCAAGCAUCAGGACCAGUCUGGAGUUCAGCAGCAACCCCGCCACUCACUCUGCGCUCACUGGCUCUCCUUCCCCGUUUUAAAGAAAGCAAACACAUGUGAGUUUCUGCUGCUCUUACUACAGAAACACGGAGCGGAGAACUUGAGUGAGGAAACGCAGGUAACGGGAAUCUAAGAUUUUUUACAGAGAGGAAAGAAAAGGGGAAAGGAAAUCCCCUCCUUUUUUUACCAAGACCACCUUUUUCCCUCUUUCUCGGACUUCUCUUAACAAGUUUCUCACACAAAGUGGGAUGCUGCAUGUUCCCGAGCCGCACUUGCACUCAGAGGGAACCUAAACAAAAGUGCACCGGAGCGGAAUUACACACUGCAAGCGCAACAAAGCGGACACUUGUAUUGACUGGAGGAUCAGCCCGCUUCAUAAAAUGGUCCCAAUCGGCGGCGCGAUAACAUGUCGCAUCCCGUCUGAUGAUUGAUACAUUUGAGGAUCGACUUAAAGAAAAAACUGGAGGAGGACAUUAGAAAGUCAUAAAAUUCGUCCUGAGCCACAUCUGCUGGCAUCUUCUAUUUUUUUCUUCUGGAGUCCGGACAACAGACCACCGUCCAGAUGCAGUUUCGACUCUUCUCAUUUGCGCUGAUCGUAUUGAACUGUAUGGAGUACAGCAACUGUCAGGCGCAGUCGCACCGCUGGAAGAGAAACAAAAGAGCUAGCUAUGGAACGUACCCCAUCUGCAAAGGCUGCUCCGUGUGCUCCAGGGACAACGGCUGUGUAAACUGCCAGCCCAAACUCUUCCUGUUUUUGCGAAGAGAGAGAAUGAGGCAGUACGGGGAGUGUCUUCACGACUGCCCAGCCGGAUACUAUGGCAUGCGCAGCCCCGAACUCAACAUGUGCUCCAGGUGCAGGAUAGAGAACUGCGAGUCCUGCUUCAACAAAGACUUCUGCACCAAGUGCAAGUCAGGCUUUUACCUGCACAAAGGGCGCUGCUUUGAGAAGUGCCCCGAGGGCUUUGCCCCGCUGGAGGAAACCAUGGAGUGUGGAGAAGGCUGUGAGGUGGGCCAGUGGAGUGAAUGGGGAGCCUGCACCAGGAGAAACAAAACCUGUGGCUAUAAGUGGGGUCUGGAGACCCGGACGCGGCACAUUGUAAAGAAACCACCUAAGGACACGAUACCCUGUCCCACCAUCGCUGAGUCCAGGAUGUGCAAAAUGGCCCUGAGGCACUGCAGGAGAGGCUCAGGGAAGCAGCGAUCCAAAGAACCAAAGAAGAAGAACAAGCAGAGGCUGCGGUUUCGGGCCCAGAACCAGCACAGCGACCACUUGGCCUCUUCGCGCCCCAGCCAGUGAGGUCUUGUACUACGGACUUCCCAUUGAACAAAGAAAAACCAACGCAAAGCUGCUGCACCCAUAUUCUGACAGGCGACUAUCCACCGCCUCAUCCCGCUCUCCCUCGCCCCCCCCCCAAGGACACAACCAUGACUCACAAGUCCCAAAAAUAUAUGUUUGACAUGCGAUAUCGGUAUCAACACACGCUUUUCACGCCUCAUUCCCCCGCUGCUUCUCCUCCGCCCAAAGUGACCAGCCAGGUGACUCUCAUCCCCGCCCCGCCCCCUUGCAUUGUGGACCUUUUACAGUUGACAUUACCAAGCUCAUUUCCCGCGAUUAACAUUGUCAUUAACCAGGCAGGGUGAUGGAAAACGGAGGGGCAACCAGAGACUGUGGAGGCGGGAGAGGCGGAUAAAGGGAGGUGGAUAGAAGAGGUAGUGAGGGAGUUGGCAAGCUAAACUGCUCGGGGAAUAGGUUGGGAUGGGGGAGGGGGUUGGAAAAUAAGAGCAAGUAUGAAGAGCGAAGGGGAUUCGGCUGAAGCAAAUGAUGCAGAUGGACAAGAAAAUGGCAUCUUGAACUUAAAGAGACUGUUUUUCGUUCCUAUAUAUUUAUGUCAAAACUACCCUCACCUUCCCCUCUAGAUGGAGACGGAGCGUUCCCAUGUGUGGCCUUUAUGUUAUGUACAUUUUUGAGAGUAAUAUUAAAAGAAAUUACCAUGCAUAGUUGCAAAAGUAUUUUAUUCUCAGCACAAACUGUUUACGUUCAGACUGCUUUAUGCUCUAACUGUAUAGUGUGGAUAAAAAAAGAAGACAUUUUAGUUGUUCGACUAGCAUGGCAACAGACUCAUGUGUACAUAGUUUAUCUAAUUAUGAAAGCUUAUUACUGUAUUUUCAGUAAUGACUCGUUCACCGUUCUAAAUGUUUUAGAGAGAAAAAGGUUGUAAUACCAAGCUACAGAUUAAAAUGAUUAAAAACAAAUAAUAAACAUAGCCGCCACAUAGCUAUUUCAUUUAUAUGGUAUAUAUUUGAUUUAUUUAUUAAUUCUAUUUUGUACUAUUUUUGAGAACUUUUGCCUCAUACUGUUACUCUUAUAUGCUGAAAUAUUCUUUGAGUUCCUUAUAACAAGUGCAUAUCUUUCACACGUGGAAAAUGUUUUUUUCUGAUGUCACGCAAAGUGUUGUAUUGCAUUCAUUUUGACCUCAUCUACUGAUUUAAAGAAGAAGAAAAAAAGACAAAACUAUGCUUUGACGUAUUCUAGGUUUAAUGAUUAGGAUCCAGCUAAAUGUAUGGUCAUAGGACUGCAUAUGUGUACAUUGUGUUUUAUUAAAAUACAUUUCAUGUGACUGUA